UUAUCUGUCAGAUGUCACUAUACACUACUCUGUGCUUUAUCAGUCAGCUGUUUUGAAAGACGGACGGUUGCUAUAGUAACGGCGUCAUGAAUUCUGAACUGGAAAUCACGUUAAAUUUCAGUGGUGGAGCUGAACUACUUUUUGGCAAAAUUAAGCUUCACACUGUUAAACUGCCUUCUCAAGAAACAUGGUGUAUGAAAAAACUUCUUGUAUGGAUCAAAGAAAAUUUGCUUAAGGAACGACCAGAACUUUUUCUUCAAGGUGAUACAGUGAGGCCUGGAAUUUUGGUACUAGUCAAUAACGCUGACUGGGAAUUAGUGGGACAAUUGGACUACAAUUUGCAGAAUAGGGAUGAAAUUGUUUUCAUAUCUACGCUUCACGGAGGAUAAAAUGUUACUUCACUGAUAACUUGCGUGCCUAUUAUCUCAAUUUCAAAUACAUAAAAUGGAGUGCAUACUUCUUUCUUCUAA